AGCCAUGUUGGCUCAAGCCAUUCCGGCUAAAGAAUGAGUUCGCGCUCAGGUUUUGGUGUGGCCGCCCCCAGCGAUGCCAGGGGACGCGGGAGAGGGCAGAGAGAAAUUGCCGCCCUUGGUCUUCUUCCGGAUCACGGUCCUCGGUAGUUCGAAUUCGGGAAAGACUUCACUCAUCAAUUCCUACGUGAAUGGCGUGUGUCCCGCCCGAUACACCAAGACCGACAAAGUGGUAUUGUACUACAGAAAGGUCGAGAUCGAGGACGAUGGCGAGGUUGAGGAUGUCCGGAAAGCCGUCCUUGUGGAGAUCGAGGAUACCCCAGGCUCGGAGCGGGGGUCCGACGAGGCCGAGUCUGGCAACCAGCGUGUGGGACCCGGGGCCCCGAAGAUCCAGAAGGGCUCGCGGGUGGUCUUGGAAAAGGACAAAGACAAGUUGAGGGAGAUGAUGAAGAACAACGCAAAGUUUGAGCAGAUGAUGAGGAAAGGUCUGGAGAGGAUGAUGGGUCGCGAUCACAUCGUGCGGGAUGUGCUCCCAGACGGCACGUUCGGGCUGCCUUCCCACGAUGGCUCCGACGGGGGCGUGUGGCACUUCCCGAAGGACGCGGUGUCGCUGAAGAUAUCGCUGGACAUGCCCAUCGACAAGUACCUGCACUUGGAUAUCAAGGACUUGCGGAAAGUAGAUGCCAAGAUGACAGCCAAAGAGUUGAGCAAGUUCAAAGAGGACCUCCAGCGUCCCUUCUCCGCUGGCGAGCGUCCGGUAAAGCAUCCAGACGAGGACAGAACAAUCACAAAACAGAGGAUGGGAUAUUUCCUCUGUUUUGACCUCUCAGAUCCUGAGAGUGACUCGCUUCGGGAGGCUAUGAAUCUUUACAAAAUGUUGCUCGAUUCGGAUAAGGAUGCGAGGAAAAUCAUGCCAAAGGUUUGGCUCAUCGGUUGCAAGCAGGAUAGAUCCAGCGACGCCACAGUGAUCAGGAGGAAUAAGCAGAGCGCUAUGAAGUUUGCGAACGACAGGGAAAUUCCUUUCGCAGCGACGUCUGCGAGAGACCACAAGGGCGUGCGCGAAGCUUUUGGGGACAUGAUCCGGGCGAUAUCCUCAUGCGAGAUCCUGUGGAGGAUGGAGGAGGCAGACGACGGCGGCGACGAUAAAGACGAGGAGUCAGGCUGUCAGUUGCAGUGAGAGGGUCUGGGUGGUCCUUCCCUUUCCAGUUUCACAGUAGUUUCACUUCUUGUGGCCACUCUACCACUUCCUCCGACUCUCCCUCCUGCCCCAGGGCGGCGCGAAAGCUGGCGCGGCGCGAAAGCCGAACGCCACGGCGAUUCUUCCAGCCCCAGGUGAACGAAAAGACGGCACAUUCUGUCGGAAGCUUCAGGGUGUG